GGCGGGACAGCGCAGCCGGUGGAGCAGCACCGAGACCUCGCAGGCCCGGGAGCUGCUGUCCUUCCACGAUGAGGCUCUACGCUCUGGUCCUGGCCAUUGUCGCCGCGUCCGCGGCUUGGGCAGGGCACCCGUUCUCGCCACCUGUGGUGGACACCAUGCAUGGCAAAGUCCUAGGGAAGUAUGUCAGCUUAGAAGGAUUUGCACAGCCUGUGGCUAUCUUCCUGGGAAUCCCUUUUGCCAAGCCCCCUCUUGGAUCCCUGAGGUUCACGCCACCGCAGCCUGCAGAGCCAUGGAGCUUCGUGAAGAAUACCACCUCUUACCCUCCCAUGUGCUCGCAAGACGCAGUAGGGGGACAGGUGAUUUCUGAGAUCAUCACCAAUCAAAAGGAGAACAUUCCCAUCAAGUUUUCUGAAGACUGUCUUUACCUAAAUAUCUACUCUCCUGUUGACUUGACAAAGAAGAGCAGGCUGCCGGUAAUGGUGUGGAUCCACGGAGGUGGCCUAAUGUUGGGCGGGGCAUCGACCUAUGAUGGAAUGGCCCUCGCUGCCCAUGAAAAUGUGGUGGUGGUGACCAUUCAGUACCGCCUGGGCAUCUGGGGAUUCUUCAGCACAGGGGACGAACACAGUCGAGGGAACUGGGGUCACUUGGACCAGCUGGCUGCGCUGCACUGGGUCCAGGAUAACAUUGCCAACUUUGGAGGGAAUCCAGGCUCUGUGACCAUCUUUGGAGAGUCAGCAGGAGGUGAAAGUGUCUCUGUUCUUGUUUUGUCUCCCUUGGCCAAGAACCUCUUUCACCGGGCCAUUUCUGAGAGUGGUGUGGCCCUCACCUCUACUCUGGUCAAGAAGGACGUCAAACUCCUGACUGAGCAAAUUGCUAUCACAGCUGGUUGUAAAACCACCACCUCGGCUGCCGUGGUUCACUGCCUGCGCCAGAAGACCGAGGAUGAGCUCUUGGAGGUGACGCUGAAAAUGAAAUUUUUUGCUCUUGAUCUUCUUGGAGACCCCAGAGAGAGUCAUGUCUUCAUGCCCACUGUGAUUGAUGGAGUGCUCCUGCCAAAAACACCGGAGGAGCUUCUGACUGAGAAGAAUUUCAACACUGUCCCCUACAUCAUCGGACUCAACAAGCAAGAGAUGGGCUGGAUUAUCCCAACGCUGAUGGGCUAUCCACUCUCUGAAGGCAAACUGGACCAGGAGACAGCCAAGUCACUCUUGUGGAAGUCCUACUCUUUUGCUGGUAUCCCUGAGGAAGUGGUUUCUGCAGCCACUGAGGAAUACUUAGGAGGAACAAAUGACCCUGUCAAAAAGAAAGACCGGUUCCUGGACUUACUUGCAGAUGUGGUCUUUGGUGUCCCAAGUGUGAUUGUGGCCCGCCACCACAGAGAUGCUGGCGCUCCCACCUACAUGUAUGAGUUUCAGUACCGCCCAAGUUUCUCACAAGAAAUGAAACCCAUGACGGUGAUAGGGGACCAUGGGGAUGAGAUUUUCUCCGUCUUUGGGGCCCCGUUUUUAAAAGGAGGUUCCUCAGAAGAGGAGGUCAAUCUUAGCAAGAUGGUGAUGAAAUUCUGGGCCAACUUUGCUCGCAAUGGGAACCCCAAUGGAGAAGGGCUGCCCCACUGGCCAGAAUAUGACCAGAAAGAAGGGUACCUGAAGAUUGGUGUCAAUACCCAGACAGCCCAGAAGAUGAAGGACAAGGAAGUAUCUUUCUGGACUGAUCUCUUGACCAAGAAAGUAGCAGAGAAGCCACCCCAGACAGAGCACAUUGAGCUGUGAACGGGAGGCCUAGCCAGCCUUGGGAGCCUGGAAGAGCCAAGACAGGGCUAUUCCACAGCAGGUGAUUGUAGAUCAAGGAAGCCUCUUAUUGUGAGGGUGAAGAAUUGUCUGGUGGAGAUGAGGCAGAGGUCAAGGAAGGGCAACUUUUGUACUUGUGACCUCAAUUUGGGGAAUAAAUGUUCUUUUGGGGGCCAAAUCA